AUGGCGAGUCAACAAGGCGAUACGGAUUAUGGGGACGGGGACAAGUACGGAGUGCAGGAUAUGCUGCUGUGCAAAGCACUGGCAGCUAAACUGCAGGGGCAAAGCCCGUCCGCGCCAACCAACCCCUCCCCCCUGGAGCGCCGCCAGUCCUCCUCGCGGAACCCCAGCUGGAAGGCGGGCGCGGGCGGAAGCUCCAAGGGGGGCGCGGGCGGAGGAGGCGGAGAAGGCGCAGGGGGAGUCGGCGGGGGGAAGGGCGGAGCGGAUGAGGGCAUGGGGAGGGCGGAUAGCGCACCUGAGGCAUCCGCGUUUAGCGUCAGUCAGGAUAGUAGCACAAGACCAACAGCAGAGGCAGCAGGCGGAGGGGGAGGUGGAGGCGCAGGGGGAGCUAGGGUUUCCGCCCAGGCCCCCGUUUCCCCAGGGCGGGGGGGGAUUGACCUUCCGCGCUCCCCCACCUCCGCCGCCUCCCCUGGUGGCGGAAGCGACUCCCAGGGGGACCUUUUGAACCAGCUGCUGCAGCAGAAGCAGCAGCAGAUGCGCCAGCAGGGGGGUGGCGGGGGAGGGGGAACGGGGGCGUUUGGGGGAAGCCAGCCGCGCCAGAUGGGGGGGAAGCAGGCGCAGUCCAGCAGCAGUGGCGCGGGGAUAGGCGCGGGGGGGAGCAGCAGCGGCGCUAAGGGCGGAAAGGGCGGAAUGUCUGUAGAGGAAAAGGUACUGGCGGAGUUAGUAGCAGCAGCGGCUGCAGGGAAGGGGAAGAUGGGGGAGGCGUGGGGGUCUAUUCUCGCCCAGGCGCAAGCGGAUCUGGGGAACAUCGAGCUCUCUGAUUCGCUGGGCGCGGAAGGGGGCGGGCGUGGGGGAGUGGGGGGCGGGGGGAACGGCAGGGGGGAGGAUAUGCAGGAGGGGAGCCGAGGAGGCGGGGGAGGGGAGAUGGAGGUGGAUGGUAAGGGGAGAGGGACAGGAGCGAGUGGUGGGGGAGCGUUAGAGGAGUCAGCUCAAAGCAGGCCGGGAACAGGGCAAAGCCGGGGAGGGGGAGCAGCAGCAGCAGCAGGAGGAGGAGCAGGAGGAGCAGCAGGGGGAGUAGGAGGCAGGCAGGCCACCAGCGAGAAAAAUAUAUUUAAUCUCCAAGCGAGUGCAGUGAAUGAUCUUUUAGAGGGGAUAAACAUAGCGGGAUUCGGCCUGAAUCUGGACACAUUAGAGUUUGACACGUCAGAAUCAGGCCAGUCCAGCUCAGUAUGCAUGAGCCCUGCCACAGCCGCAGAAGUCUCGGGCAGCAGAGCAAAACUUUCCUCCGCCAUGAGCCCUGCGGGGGCAGCAGCGGCUGGCAGCAGCCAAAAUAUUUUCGCGGGGAUGACCUCUAGGAGUCUCAACUCCCUUUCUCUGAAGAAAAACACCCCUGUGGGAGCCUCAGGCUCCCGUAGCGGCAUAGACGCAAAAGGAGGGGGAGUGACCCUAGGGGGGGGUGUUCUAGGGGGUCCCCUGGCGGGUCGCGCUUCCAGCCUGAACGCUGCUCCCUCCCGAACGUCUCUACAGGACCCGAAUGGGGUCCCCCUGGGGGCUGGGUCUAAUGGGGAGCCCCUAGGAGCAGGAGGGUCGGCAGCAGGGGGAGCAGCAGGAGGAGGAGGAGGGGGAGGGGGAGGUGGGAGUGGGAAGGAGAAGGCACAGGGGCGGCCGGCGGGGUGGCACGUGGGGCUGGAGCUUCUGCCCCUAGACACGCCCAUAGGGGAUAUGCCUUCCACCGAGGUGUUUGAAAACUCUGGGAAACGCAGCCGCGUUGCUCUCUCUCACAUCCGCACCUCCAGCGGCAGCUCCUCCCUUCCCGAGUCCGAGCAGAAGCAGCUGUUAGAGUUUGCCAGAAGCAGUGGUGUGCUUGGGAACAGCCCGGGUGGUCCGGGCGGGGGUGGUGGGACUCCUGGCGGGGGUGCUGCUGGGCUGGCGGGCGGGUCGAAUUGUUCGUCUGCCCGGACGCUCAGUCCUGCGCUGAGCACGGAUUCUGGGCGGUCAGGUGGGGGGGAGAGCCCAGGCGGAUUUACGUCUUCAGGUGGUUCCCCAGGUGAUGGGUUUGCGAAUUCUGUUUUCGAAGGAGGGGGGUCUGGAGGGUCUGGGUCAGGGUCUAGUAAGCCGGGCAGGAGCCCGCAGCUUCCGGGAAAUUCAGCAGGGCAGGGCGGGAGGGGGCGGAGUGGGGAACGUGGGGGCCGGGGGGCGGGGGCGGGGGGAGCAGGGGGAGUGGGGAUGGGCAGUAGGGAUGGCAGCAGGGAGAGGGUGAGAAGUGAAAGUCCCCUAAGGGGGGAGAGUCCCAUCCGGGGGCGGAGUCCCCUCAGGGGGGAGAGCCCUUGCAGGAAACGAGCCUGGGGUAGUGAUGUGGGGGAGGGGGAGAGUGACAGAGAUGAGGUUAUGGGGCAGGGGGAUGAGGCGCAGGGAGGGGGGGAGGCAGGGGGAGGGCGGAGGGGGCCAGGGGGAGGGGUUGGGGGGAGUUCGGGGCAGGCCAGUGGGGCGAACAGCGGGGGAGGGGGGAGGGCGAGGAGAGGGGCAGGGGGGAAGAAAGGGGGGGCGGGGGCGGGUGGGGGGACGUCUUCAGCUGGUGCGGCUGUUGGGGGGGGAAGUGGGGGGGCCCAGGGGGAGGCGUCUGGGGGAGAGGCGAAGAAGCAGAGGCAGAAGCGCGGGACGGCCACGGAUCCGCACUCAGUGGCAGCACGGCUUCGCCGGGACCGCAUCAGCCAGCGCAUGCGGGCGCUGUAUGACCUGGUGCCGAAUGCACGCAACACAGACACGGCAUCGAUGCUGGAUGAGGCCAUUCAAUACGUGCGCUCGCUGCAGGAGCAAGUGCAGACUCUGAAGAAGGAGAAGGGCGAGAGCCAGGGGACCUCGUCGGUCGGCACGGGCAGCCUGGGCCGGCCGGCAGACAGCAACAAUGAGGGCGGCGAGGGCGGCACGAGCAGGAGCGCAGGGCAACAGAGCAUGGGGCAGAGCAUGGCACAGAGUAUGGGACAGAACCUCGCCCAGGCUGGGUAUGGAGGUACGGAGGACGGGUUUGGCUCGGAGAAUGAGGUAUGGGACGGGAGUGCGGCGCCUUCCCCCAUGGGCAGCGGAAUGGGCAGCGGAAUGGGCAGCCGAAAGGGUUCCAUGCAGCUUCUGGCUGAACAGCAAGGGAGUGGGGAGUUUGGGGGCGUGGGGCGGGUUGGAGAUGGGAAGGUGGAGGGAGGGUUGAGAGGGGUUGGGUUGGGUGUGGAAGGGUACAUGAAGGCUGAGCCAGAAAAUGAUGAUUUUGCUGAAGUUCAGGAGCUGGAGCUGGAGCAGCAGCAGCAGCAGCAGCAGCAGCAGCAUUCUAGUCACAACCAUCACAGUCACCAUGCACAUGCGCUAGCCCCCUCAGGCUCAGAUGUGGGUGUAACGGGUGCUGCUGCUGGCCUUUCACUACUAGUAGCGACAGCAGCAGUGGCUCCUGCUCAUGGGAGUGCUUUGGCAGGGGCUACUGGGGUGCUUGCGGCUGGUGGUUUGGUGGAUGGGGCAAAGGGCAGUAACCACGGUGCGCUUGUAACGGAAGCUGGCGGUGUUGCUGGUUUGGAGACUAUGAUAGUGGGUGGUGCGGAGGUGGAAUGGCCGAGUGAGAUUGAGUUGACUUUGGAAGAUAUGAACAUGGUGGACCUUGGUGGGUGGGACUUUGACUCCUGA